UGCAUUCCAUUCUGGUGGAAGUGUGACACGGUAGAUGACUGUGGCGAUGGAUCAGAUGAGCCCCCAGAAUGUCCUGAGUUCAAGUGCCAGCCAGGAAGGUUCCAGUGUGGCAGUGGACUCUGUGCCCUCCCUGCUUUUAUCUGUGAUGGAGAAAAUGACUGUGGAGACAACUCUGAUGAACUCAACUGUGAUACCUAUGUCUGCUUGUCAGGACAGUUCAAAUGCACCAAGAAGCAGAAAUGCAUCCCAUUAAAUUUACGCUGCAAUGGCCAGAAUGACUGUGGGGAUGAAGAGGAUGAGAUUGACUGCCCUGAAAAUAGCUGUUCUCCGGACCACUUUCAAUGUAAAACUACAAAGCACUGUAUAUCUAAACUCUGGGUGUGUGAUGAGGACUCCGACUGUGCUGACGGAUCAGACGAGGCCAACUGCGACAAAAAGACCUGCGGUCCUCAUGAAUUCCAGUGCAAAAAUAAGAACUGCAUUCCAGAUCACUGGCGGUGUGAUGGACAAAAUGACUGCGGUGACAAUUCGGAUGAAGAAUCUUGCAAGCCUCAGACAUGUGCGCUGAAAGAGUUCCUGUGCGGUAACGGCGACUGCAUCUCUGCCAGAUUUUGGUGUGACGGUGAAUAUGACUGCGCUGAUGGGACCGAUGAGAGAAACUGUGAGAAUGGCUGCUCAAAAGACCAGUUCCAGUGUUCCACCGGUCAAUGCCUACCAGCGAAGUGGAAAUGUGAUGGCCAUGAAGAUUGCAAAGGUGGAGAAGAUGAGAAAAACUGCGAGCCGGCUUCACCAACCUGUUCUUCCAGCGAGUAUGUCUGCAACAGUGGGGGUUGCAUCUCGGCCUACCUGAGGUGUAAUGGUGAAUAUGAUUGUGCAGAUGGCUCAGAUGAGCUGGACUGUGUAAUGGAAUGUAAAGAGAACCAGUUCCGCUGCAGGAACAGAGCGUACUGUAUCCCAAUCAGGUGGCUGUGUGAUGGAGUCCAUGACUGCGUGGAUGGGAGUGAUGAAGAUAAUUGUGAGAGAGGGGAGAAUAUAUGCAGAGCAGAUGAAUUUCUGUGUAAUAAUACUCUUUGCAAGCUUCAUCUGUGGCUUUGUGACGGUGAAGAUGAUUGUGGGGAUAAUUCAGACGAAGUACCUGAAAUGUGUGUCAAAUUUCCCUGCCCACCGACAAGGCCUUUCCGCUGCCACAACAACCGUGUGUGCCUAAGGACAACGCAGAUUUGCAAUGAACUGGAUGAGUGCGGCGAUAACUCUGAUGAGGUUCACUGUGGUACAAAGCAGAAAGUGAAACCUUGCAAGAAGGAUGAGUUCACCUGUGGUAAUAAAAAGUGUAUCGCAUCAGAGCUGCAGUGUGACCAGUUUGAUGACUGUGGAGAUGGAAGCGAUGAGCGAGGCUGCAAAGCAGAGCCCGGUGUAUACUCCUGUGAAGCAAAUGUAAAUCCUUGCGGGGAUGACGCCUACUGCAAUCAAACCAGCACACCUCCUUUUUGUCACUGCAAGCCUGGCUUCCAAAGAAACUUCAGGAACAAACAGUGUGAAGAUAUCAAUGAGUGCUUACUCCUGGAGAGCUGUUCCCACCACUGCACCAACUUGAAAGGCUCCUACAGAUGCACUUGUGACAGGAACUUCAUAGAACGAGGCCACAGCUGCAUUGUUAAAGAUUCAGAGGAACAAAUUCUCUACGUGGCCAAUGACACCGAGAUCCUAGCUUUCAGACAUCCGUUUGGCUACAGUGUGGAAUACCAGCAAAUAUCCCGCAUUGCACACAAUUCUAGGAUUACUGGGAUGGACACCUACCUCCAGGGCAACAUGAUCAUUUGGAGCACUCAGUUCAACCCCGGAGGAAUUUUCUACAACACCUUUCAUGGCAGGGCAGGCAAAGAAACCAAGAGUGGAUUGAUUUGUCCCGAGUUCAAAAGACCCCGUGAUGUAGCUGUGGAUUGGGUGUCAGGGAAUAUCUAUUGGACGGAUCACUCCCGAAUGCACUGGUUUAGCUAUUACACCACUCAUUGGACAAGACUGAGAUACUCCAUAAAUGUUGGGCAAAUUAAUGGACCCAACUGCACACGACUCCUCACCAACAUCGCAGGAGAACCCUAUGCAAUUGCUGUAAAUCCUAAAAAAGGGAUGAUGUACUGGACAGUUAUUGGGGAUCACUCACAUAUUGAAGAGGCAGCAAUGGACGGGACUUUAAGAAGAAUAUUGGUGCAAAAAAAACUUGGAGAGGCCAACAGGCCUUGUCGUUGACCAUUUCGGGCAGAGAUUAUACUGGGCAGACUUUGAACUGUCUGUUAUUGGCACUGUGAAACUUGAUGGUUCCGAUUCCAUGAUGGUGGUCACUAAUAAACAAGGACUGAUGUACCCUCACAGAAUAGACAUAUUUGAGGAUUACAUUUAUGGAGCCGGUCUUAAAAACGGUGCAUUUAGAAUACAGAAGUCUGGCAACGGCACCAUGGAGUUUUUAAACUUGAAUGUGGAGAAAGCAAAAAGCGUCUUAAUUACACAUCAUUACAAACAGCCGCACAUGCCGAACCCUUGUUUGGAUUUCAAAUGUGAGUUCAUCUGUCUGUUGAAUCCCACCGGUGCUUCCUGUGUGUGUCCAGAAGGAAAGGUUCUAGUGAACGGAACAUGCACAGAUCAGAGUUAUGCAGAUGACUUAUGCAAACUGACUUGUGAAAACGGCGGCAGAUGUAUAAUAAAUGAGAAGGGCGCUCUAAGAUGCCACUGCUGGCCCAGUUUCUCCGGAGAAAGAUGUGAGAUGAACCACUGCACUAAUUACUGCCUGAACGGAGGGACAUGUACAGCUUCUGCUUUGGGAAAACCCACUUGCACCUGCGCUUUAGGAUUUACUGGACCUAACUGUGGCAAAAAAGUCUGCGAGAAUGUGUGUCAGAAUGGAGGCACGUGUAGCGUAUCACCUGGCAAUCAAGCCCAGUGUACCUGCUUUAAUGAAUAUACAGGGGACAGAUGCCAAUACCAUGUGUGCCACCAUUACUGCGUAAAUUCAGAAUCCUGCACAAUCUCUGAUGAUGGCCGUGUAGAAUGUGUCUGCCCGCUGAGAUACGAAGGCUCCAAAUGUGAAAUAGACAAAUGUCUGAGGUGUCGAGGUGGACUCUGCAUCAUAGACAAAAACAGCAAUGACGUCAUUUGCAACUGCAGUAACGGCAAGCUGGCCUCCAGCUGUCAGUUGUGUGAUGGGUACUGCUAUAAUGGGGGCACUUGUCAGCUGGACCCGGAGACCAACAUCCCAGUCUGCGUAUGUUCAGCCAACUGGUCAGGAAAGCAGUGUGAGAGGCCGGCUCCCAAGAGCAGCAAGUCUGACAAUGCUGGUUCAAGCAGCAUUGCAAUAAUCGUGCCCCUGGUUCUACUUGUGACCCUCAUAACGACCUUGGUAAUUGGUCUUCUGCUGUGCAAAAGACGUAGAAGGGCAAAAACAAUAAGAAGACAACCUAUAAUCAAUGGCGGAAUGAAUGUAGAAAUUGGAAAUCCAUCUUAUAAUAUGUAUGAGGUGGAUCAUAGUCACAAUGAUGGAACGCUAUUAGACCCUAAUUUCAUCAUAGAACUAGAUAAGUCCAGGUUCAUAGCGGGUGGGCCUACUGCUUUCAAAAUAGCCCACACUGCACCUCCUAGCUACCUAAAUUCAGAUCUGAAAGGACCGCUAGCACCAGGGCCAACAAAUUACUCCAAUCCAGUGUAUGCAAAACUUUUUGUGGAUGGGCACAACUGUCGGAAUUCCUUAAUCAGCGUAGAAGAAAGACGUGAACUUCUUCCAAAGAAAAUAGAAAAUGCUAUCCGGGAGACUGUGGCUUAA